AUGCUUUCUUCAGGACCCAAGGUUCAGAAACUCUGUGGUGUUGCUCUUGAAUCACUUGAUUCAAUGCUUUCUAGAAGGAUCUUGCCUCCAUUACCCAAUCCAACUAUUCAAGAUGCAAGUUUACUAGCUCCAAAUAUGGUGAAGUUUGAAGAUAUCACUGCAACAUCCCUCACUGUUCUUUUGUGUUUGGAAGAUUAUAUGGGAGAACAUAAUGCUGGUUACACCGUGUGGAAUCAUAAAGCUGAUGAUUUGAACUAUCCAUUGGACCCAACUUGCACGACUCUCCUACCAAAUAGAAAGCUUGGCAUCAGAGAUCUACUUCCAGCUACAGAAUGCAGUUUGAAAUUUGUUUCCAAUGAUUUGAGCAAGUCACUUAUGUGCGAAGUUCAAGUCUCGACAGAGCAUUAUGAGGAUGAAGUCCCGAAUUGCUCAGCAACGGAAAGAAGUCAGAGCCCAGUAACCAACUGUAGCAGCUUUUCCAAUCCAUAA